AGCAGAGCGUUGGCUCGUAAACUGGUUGAACAUGGACACAAAGGCACGGUCGUGAACAGGGAGGAGUUUGAGGACAAAUCAGCGUCUGAGGCUGCUGAGACUGGGAAGAACAACACUCUGUUUUACCAGAGUCGACCAGUAACACUGUCAUGUGCAGGAAAAGAGCUCAGAGAUGACUUCCUGAAGGCGCUGGCAGAGCGAGAGGAGGCCAACCGCAGUGGCAGAGUGAAUUCGGUGGUCUUCAUCAGGGACCAGAAUCCUCUGGGGCAGGAAGUGUCCGGUUACAUUGACCUCGCCCACAGACUCAGGUCCCAGGAUUUUGACUUUUAUUUUAGUGGAAAGAAGAAGCUGAUGCCGGGACGCUCCGAUUUAUGUUACUACAACUGGAAAACACAGGUGUCCACGUCCAACUCCAGUCCAAACUUUGAGGUGAUUUACGACGACACGAGCGGCCUCGUCUUCAAGAACAAGAGAGAUAAAAAGACGGUGAACGUGGAUCCUGACUCAGGUCCUGGUGAAGACUCCAGCAGAACCGUCCUACAGUCCGACCUCUACAUUCAUGUCGUCAUCUACGACCACUUCAUCAGAACCUUCUGAGCUUCACAUCAUGAGGAAGAUGAUGAAGAUGAUGAUGUCAUCAGUCCUGACGUCUGGAGGAAGAUCCAGAGGGAAACAAGGGCGGAGUCAAGUGUUUUUAUUAUUUUAAAUGUUUCAAUUUUAGAUUACAUUAGUUUAACUGAAGUUUAGGUUAGGUUUAGUUUAGAUUUGGUUUAACUUUAGUCUAAUUUAAGUUUAGUGCAGGUUUAGUUCAGGGUUAGUUUAGGUCAAGUUUAGGUUAGAUUUAAUUCAGGUUUAGUUUAGUUUAACUUUAGGUUUGUUUUCAGAUAAUGUGUAAAAGUUGAAAGUUUCAUGUAAACAUUGUGCAGAUGAUAAAUAAAUUUUCUUUAUUAUUA